AUGAGGUUAUGUUACAAAUUCCAACCUGGUGCACCAACCGGGCCUCCAGUGGUCCGCUGUCAGCUCCGAAAGCACAAGCCCAACAGAAAGCCCAGGACGCCCUUUACCACGCAGCAACUCCUCGCCUUAGAGAAGAAGUUCAGGGACAAACAAUAUUUGAGCAUAGCGGAGAGAGCCGAGUUCUCUUCAUCACUCCGAUUGACUGAGACUCAGGUAAAAAUAUGGUUUCAAAAUCGGCGAGCGAAAGCGAAAAGACUGCAAGAGGCUGAAAUUGAAAAACUUCGGCUUUCCGCGAGACCGUUGCUGCCACCUUCCUUUGCGUUAUUCGGUGGUGGGGGUGCUCCCCCCUUAUUUGCAGCCAUGGCCGCAGCCACCAGACCCCAACUGAGCUUCCUCGGCGGGCCCCCUUCCCAUCAGCAUGCCAUAAAUAUGAAUAUCCUGAAUUCCCUACAACCACAUUGA